AGCUGGGCGGUAAAGUUUGUUACACAGAUAAAUGAGUGCUUUUUAGUUGUGAGAAUGAUUGACAGGCGAGCAGUGUGCUGUUGAUUUCAGUGUAAGCCAAGGAGCGUCUAACGAUAGCAGAGCAAAAACGUUUGCGGAUAUUACGAGAAAAGCCACACAGACGUCUUAAGUUUUUGGAGAUAUAGUAAUUAACUGGAUUUCAUGGUUUUAUUAUUCAUUAUUAUGAACAUCACAGUUACUUUAUGGAUUUGAUAAACAUUUAGUGUUUUUGUGUGAAUUAUUACUGGAUAUUCAAGAGACUAUAUCAUUGACGUCACGAUGAACGAGUCAAAGAGCGGAGAUACCCCGAUUAACAUGACGUCCAUGUCGAGCAUGCUUGCGCCUAAUGUGGCACAAUAUCUACACCCGGACUAUUUGCAGCCCCUUCCAACAACGUUGGACGCGAAGAAAAGUCCCCUAGCACUUCUUGCCCAAACAUGCAGCAGUAUUGGCAAAGACCCUUCACCGUCAAAAUCAAUUAUUCCACCCUUAGAAAAGGAAAGCAAGGACAGUGACAAGGCAUCCACAGACAAGGCCAAGUCUAGUGAAAACCGUAAAAGUCCUGGUAAUGACAGCGGCAAUGAGUCAGGACGCGAGUCAUCAAAAAAAUCCGGGCUUAAGGCGGCAGCCCCUAAAGAAAUCCCUCCACUUGUACCCAUAUCCAGUACACCCAGCAGGAAGUCUAGUCCAGUGCCAUCUAGUUCAUCAGAGAAAUCUAGCGAGACUGUUACUGUCACAGCAGCAGUCUCGCGACCAGUUGCGUCCACUGGUGCAAAUAGUGGCCACACUUCAAGUGGCAGUGUUCGCUCCACAAAUAGUGUGUCAAGUGACAGAGACAGGGGUGAUUCAGACCGGGAAAGGGAAAGGGAGAGGGAACGCAAUAGGAGCAGGGACAAUGGCUCCUCAGAUGGAGGAAAGCAUACCAGCCGAUCUAGUCCAGAUCACGUGUCUGUAGCAAGCAAAUAUCCUGGACAUUUGCAUCCCGGUUUGAACGGGUUUGGCUCAGGUUUACCACAUCCUGGACUUUCUUUAUAUGGACAUGGUCUUGGAUUAGAUCCUUCGUCAGUUAGUUCAGCUUACGCCUCAUCUUUGGCGGCCGCUCAUUCCGGAUACAAUUUCAGUGCUUCCGCAGCCGCUGCUCUCGCAGCACAGAAUGCUGCGCUCUCCAAAUCCGGUUUAUCCCCUGGACUUUCUCCAUAUGUGUCAUACGCCCGUGUAAGGACGCCAUCUGGGGCAACCACUCUGGUACCCGUGUGCAGAGACCCUUAUUGUACAAACUGCCAAUUAACAAUCCAAAAUAGUCACAUCAGUUCAACAUGUACAUCACCAGGAUGUUCACAAUGUGCUCAUGAGAAAUCCCUUCAGAGUUUGAGCGCCCUAGGCAUGGCCGGGGCUUCAUCUCUGUCAAUGAUGCCACAGUAUUCUCUCGCUAGCUCAUUGCCUUCAUUACCACCCGGCCUUUCCUCCUACCCCGGGCUCUCAUCUUCAUUGUAUGCCCACAGUUUGUUGGGAAGCUCGGCUGCGAUGCAUAGUCAAGGGAUGCCUUAUGUGUGCAACUGGGUUUCAGGAACGGACUACUGUGGAAAACGAUAUUCCACAUCAGAGGAACUACUGCAGCAUCUCCGUACACAUACAUCUAGCUCAGAAGCGGCAUCAUCAUUGGCGAGCUACGCCGCCCUGGGACUGCCGCCUCCAUUGGGACUUCCGGGAUUCCCACCGACGCCACUUCCGGCUCACGGUGGACUCAGCCCGAACUCCCUACGUCGAGCGUAUCCCACAAUUCCAAGCCCAUUGGGAAAUAUGCUAAACGGAAGUAGAUAUCAUCCCUACAAGUCCCCUCUUCCAAGCGUCCCUUCCGGUCUUCAACCAGGCCAGGGCCUUUCAAGCCUUAGUCCCUACUAUUCGCCGUAUUCCCUUUAUGGACAGCGAAUAGGGGCGGCUGCUGUUCCAUGACUAGACUUGAUGAAAAGAUAAUAAACAAUCAACAUUAUCUUCAAAAAAUAUUAUCUUCAAUCUUAUGACUGAAGUGUUUUAUAGUGCUAUUUGUGUAAUUUCAAGUCUGCGUUUGGACUCUAAAAACGUUAUAAACUUAAGUAAUUAAAUUAGAAUACUGAUAGAUGAGUGAGUAUGAACAUUAUUUGACGUAUUGACGAUGUAUUCUAAAAACUGACAUGAUAAAUGUAUUGGUUUUGCACCAAUGACAUUAAGAUUGAUUAAUUAAUGCUAUAGUUUUGUCGAAAUACGGAAAUAAUACUGUUAAUUGAAAGUCCUAAAUCACUGUAAAUUGCUUUUAAAUUUUAAGUAAAUGUUUUCAAUCGUUGUAGUACACAUUUUUAUACAAAGGAAGGAAAAUCACCAACAAAGGCUAUGAUUUUGAGGUUUUGUUUCAGAGUAUUUUGUGAUUUUAUUCAGUGUUAAUGAUUCAGUAAAGUACAUAUUGUUGUUGUAGUUGGAAAUGUCAUGUUACCUUUUGUUCGUUAAUAUGUGUUGAUAAUUUAUUAAAAACCAUCAAACUC